AUGUAUUUGAGGGGCCUAGAUUUCACUAUACUGACCGAUCACAAGCCAUUGGUGCAAAUUUUUGGAGAAUCUUCGACUCCCAAUCCGAGGCAAGAACGCUGGGUAUUGAGAAUGCAGUCCUAUCGAUACUCUAUUGUGUACGUCCCUCGCCUCUCCGAUAUUCCACUCGCAAAAACAUUUGAUAAACAAACUGAAGAAGUGUUGAAUUCAAUUGUGGAUGUGAACAGACCAGCAGCAAUAACGAUGAACGAAAUCGUCCGUUGUUCAAAAGAUGACAAUGAGAUCCAAAAGAUUCGACAAGCACUGUACGACGACAACUGGGAUCACACUCUGAAAGGAUUUGUACCGUUUAAAUCGGAACUUUGCCUAGUAAAACAUAUUUUGUUACGCAAAAAUAAAAUCGUUAUUCCUUAUUCGCUCCGAGCAACAGUUCUUCAACUUUCACACGUUGGACACCCUGGAAAAGAAAAGAUGAAACGAAGGCUACGUGUUGCAGUAUGGUGGCCGAGAUUAGACGCCGCCGUAGAAAAAUUAUGCAGAACCUGUGUAGAGUGCCAAAUGGUAGGCCAAGCCAGCAAACCAGAGCCAUUGCGUGUGCGAGAACUGCCAUCAGCACCUUGGGUUCAUUUAAGUGCCGACUUCCUCGGUCCCUUACCGAGCGGAAAAUAUAUUUUCGUAUUGGUCGAUCUUUACAGCCGAUUUGUUGUAGCUGAAAUUACUACUCACACUACUUCGAAUGAUGUAAUUAGGAUGUUGAGACAAAUUUUCGCAAAAUUGGGUUUGCCGAUGGUGUUGACAACUGAUAAUGCGAAAAAUUUCUCCAGCCAAGAGCUCAAGGACUACUGUGUCGAUUACGGUAUCAAACUCACUCACACAACUCCAUACUGGCCAAGUGCAAAUGGCGAGGUGGAACGUCAAAACCGGUCGCUCUUAAAGGUGAUGAAAAUUAGUCAGCUGCUAGGUAGUCAACUAGAAGGUGCGCUACAAGAAUAUUUAUACAUGUAUGCGUUAACUCCUCACAGCGUAACUGGAGUACCGCCAGCGACAUUGAUGUUUGGUCGGCGAUUUCGAGAUUUAUUUCCGCACGUACAAGAUGAAGUCGUCUUUGAUAAAGAAAUGCGAGAAAGGGACGCAAUAGUAAAACACCAAGCUAAAGAAAACAGAGAUAGACGAGUUGGAGCAAAGGAAUCAAACAUUAAAGUCGGAGAUGAAGUUCUGAUGAAAGACAUGCAACCGCGAAAUAAAUUAUCUUCUCCGUUUUUACAAACACCUGCAACAGUUAUUGAUAGACAGGGCAGUACGGUGACCGUCGAAACACCGAAUGGACAACAAUAUAAGCGAAACACGGCACAUCUAAAUAACUUUCAUAAACCGGAGGUAUUGGCAGAGGACAUCACAUCAUCAGAGUUUACUAUGGAAACGCCCGAAUCCGGAGAUCGUAAUUGUGGUCCAUCGACAGGUCUGCGUCCGCGCAGAGAAAAUAUGCAACUAAAGCGUUAUGAUGAUUAUUUAUUAGAUUAA